CAAAUCAUCAUCACUUUCUUACAACGUCAGAUUGUCACGCAGACAGAGACAUAGAGGGAGAGAGAGAAAGAGAGAAAGAGAGAAAGAGAGGGAGCCAAGAAAGAGGGGUAAAUUGCUCGAGUUUGAUAAACAAAAGAGAUAGAUCAUAUAGAAAUUUGUGGACGAAAAGGAGAAGAAUCAACGAAGAACAAGGAGAUUUCAAGAGGGGAAUCAUUGUUCUUGAUUGAUUGAUGAUGGCGUCGUCGAUGAAACUGUCUCUGUUAUUCACGUUCAUUACACUCACGAUUUUCUCUUCCGUUUCCUCAGCUCUUCCGUCCUUAUCAUCAAGCUGUCAUCCCCAGAUUCAUCCAUUUCUUCACGAUCUACAGCUUCAGUGCCCUACCACAAUCGUAUCCUCUUCGCCGAUCGAGAUGAAUGGGGAGUCUCUAGACAACUUUAUGAGUUCUUAUAAAACAAAUGCAUACACAUCGAUUCUAUUUUAUGCUUCAUGGUGUCCAUUUUCCAUAAAUGCUCAAACCAAAUUCCAUGCUCUUGCUUCAAUGUAUCCACAAAUUAAACACGUAAAAGUUGAACAAUCCUCCGCAUUGCCAAGUGUUUUCUCAAGAAAUGGAAUUCAUAGCCUCCCAACUAUUUUAAUAACAAAUAGAACAUCCCGCAUGCAACAUCAUGGCCCAAAAGAUUUAGACUCGCUUUUGAAUUUCUAUCAAAGAACCACAGGACUCGAGCCUACAAUGCAUUUAACAGAAGAACAACUCGAACUGGAUUCCUCUUUUGAAAGCAAAAACAUAAAUUCGUUAAAGCAGAUAAUCACUUUAUGGGCAGCAUACAUUCCUCGUUUAAAUCUAUCGAUUUUUGGGGAAUCGAAACAGCUUUUGACUCAUGCACUCCACCUGUUCGACGUAAAGUCUGCUUUUAAAAAGCUCAAAAUUAGCAAAAACAGGAACUUUCGUAACGGCGUCGUUUUUGGGGUUGGAGUCGUUGGGAGAGACGUCAUUGGCUAG